AUGUUUUCGAAGUCCACGCUGUUCGUUUUGCUUAUACUGAUCACUUCUAGCACAGCAAAAACUCCGGCCCAAGUGACGAUUUUCGAUGAAGAAUCUGCAAAGGAGAUUCUCAGCUCGGCCCACAAAGAAAAAGAUUGGCUUAUCUCGAUAAGGAGGAAAAUCCACGAGAACCCAGAGCUCAGAUUCCAAGAAUUCAACACCAGUGCCCUCAUUCGCGGUCAGCUCGAUGCCCUCGGGAUAUACUAUGAGCAUCCAUUGGCCGAAACGGGUUUGGUUGCUCGAAUCGGGUCGGGUUCACCGCCGGUUGUUGCCCUGCGUGCUGAUAUGGAUGCUCUCCCCUUGCAGGAGCUGGUGGAUUGGGAGCAUAAGAGUAAAUCAGAUGGUGUAAUGCAUGGAUGUGGGCAUGAUGCACAUACCACAAUGCUUCUUGGUGCUGCUAAGUUGCUCAAUGAACGAAAGGACAAAUUUAAGGGAACUGUAAGGCUUCUAUUUCAACCGGCUGAGGAAGGUGGUGCAGGUGCAUCAUACAUGAUAAAACAAGGCGCUCUUGGCAAAUCGGAGGCUAUUUUCGGGAUGCACGUCGAUUUUCAAGGGCUCACCGGAAGCAUAGCUAGUCUUGCGGGGCCCGUUUUAGCCGCGGUAAGCUUUUUCGAGGCCAAAAUAAUCGGGAAAGGCGGGCAUGCGGCUGAACCCCACAAUGGGGUCGACCCGAUUCUCGCUUCAUCGUUUGCAAUCUUGGCACUGCAACAGCUCGUCUCACGAGAAGUCGAUCCAUUCAGUAGUCAAGUGCUUUCUGUCACGUAUGUCCGAGGUGGGACUGCAGCUAAUGUAAUCCCGGAGUACGUUGAAUUUGGAGGUACUCUCAGGAGUCUUACAACUGAAGGACUGCUUCAACUCCAGAAGAGAGUGAAAGAGGUCAUUGAAGGUCAGGCAAGCGUGCACAGAUGCAAAGCGCACGUCAGCAUGAAAGAAGACGAUUUCCCUCCAUAUCCAGCGACCGUAAACGAUAAAAAUCUGCAUGAGCACGUGAGGACAGUUGGCAGCCUCCUAUUGGGCCCUGAUAAUGUGAGGGAGGCUAAAAAGGUGAUGGCUGGGGAAGACUUUGCCUUUUACCAGCAAGUCAUCCCUGGAGUUAUGUUCGGCAUUGGUAUUAGAAACGAGAAAAUCGGGGCCAUUCAUCCUCCCCACUCACCGUAUUUUUUUCUGGAUGAAAAUGCCCUCCCCGUGGGGGCUGCUUUGUACGCGGCUCUUGCCGAGUCUUAUCUGAUGGGCCGUUCGGACGUUAGUGUCAAUAUCUAA